UAAAUAUUUCAGUCGAUUUCCAGCAAAGAAACGUGUAAGUUGUUUCGUUCUAAAGCCAGGGCUCGCAAAUGAGUGACGGCAGCAUAAUUUUGUUUUCAAACGAAGUGUAUUAUUCUUUAAGUGGAAGUCGAAAAUAAAUUUGAGAGUUGUAAAAUGAAUUAUCUCUGGCUGCUCAAAUAAAUAAUGAAAUACGUUCGCUAAAUAAAUUGAAUUUAUUAAAAAGUAGUUUUUUUUGUAAGCUGGUAACUUAUACCUAACAGUAAAUAGUGAAACAGACAGCAAAAAUGGUGUUUAUUUAAAAAGUUGACGAAGAGUGUAAGGUGAAGCGUAAAAGAAAAAAAGCAGUAAAUCAAAAAUACAAAAGGCGAUAAAACGCAAAUUUAUAUAAAUACAUAUAUACAAAAGUAAAUAUAUGCCAGGGGCUGUGUUAAGAACAUUUAAAAACUAAAACAAAUAUACAAAUUAAAACCAAUAUAAAAUGGAUACCACCAGUAAUGCUAAAAAACAACGCCUAUCCAUGUCUUCAUCACCCAGCAGAGAAAGGCACACGAGGAUAAGUUAUUCACCACCAUCGCCCGCCUGUUCUCUAAGCUCUGAAUCGAUGGAUGUUGUCAUAACGGCAUCUGGUCCUUGCUCUCCUACAUCACCAUCUACAACAGGUCUGCUUAGCCAGAAUGACAGCGAUUAUAACUUUUGUACGCCAAAGAAAUCCCUGGCUGAUUCUGGUGUGCUGGAGCGCAUACGCAGAAAGCGAAGCACUCCGAGAGGGUCUUGUGAGAUGCAUGCACUGCGCUGGGAACAAGGUGGAGAGCAAGAGACUUGCAAAAUAAUUAAAAAUCGGUUCCUGAUAACCGCACAGGUGUGCCAAAUACCACCAACAAUAGCUGCUAAUACGCCCGCCUCCUAUCGUCACCUCGUAAAUUUCGCUGUGCCUAGCCUUACAUGCACCGAUGUCGUAACGGACGAAGAUUUAAUUUGUAAGGUUAUUAACCAACCUUGUGAUAAAGUGCAGCGUGCCUACUAUGAAAUAAAGGUAGCUGGCGAUAUAGCGAGAUGCUCAAUUUUUGGGCAUAAACUGAUACGGGAUGUACACGAUGUCGUGCCAAUAGAUAAGCAGCAUUCAUAUUUGUUAAUUCCAAUGCCAAAAGGAAAGGAUGGUAGAAAAGGCGUGUAUGAGGACUUGCAUACAUACAUAAGGAAUAAACGGCGUCUGUGCGAGGAGGAGGCGCGAAUGCUGUUCCAUCAAAUCGCCGAAACGGUGCAACUGUGCCAUCGCAAAGGAGUCAUCUUGCGGGACCUGAAGCUGAAACGGUUCUAUUUCAUAGAUGAAGCACGAACGCAAAUCCAAUACGAAUCGCUGGAAGGUUCUAUGAUUCUCGACAAUCCUAUGGAUGACACGUUGAGCGACAAAAUCGGGUGUCCGCUCUAUACCGCUCCCGAAUUGCUCUGCCCCAAUCCCACAUACCAAGGCAAGCCAGCCGAUAUGUGGUCGCUGGGCGUGAUUCUCUACACUAUGCUUGUCGGGCAGUACCCCUUCUACGAGACGGCCAAUUGCAAUCUCAUAACUAUCAUCCGCCAUUGCCAGGUGCAAAUACCAGUUUUCGUCUCCAAACAGUUGCGUUGGCUGAUCUUAAUACUGCUAUCGAAAAACUACGAUGAACGCUUAACUGCCGAAGAAGUAUUUCUUACGCCCUGGCUUAAGAGUCAGCAACCGAACGGUAACGUGUUCCUCCACGUCGAUACGAAUUUAGAUGAUUUAGAAAUGGAAGAUGAUGAGACUGAUGUUAGCGAGCAAGCACCAUCGAGCGCGAAGACGGAGCAGCAAAAGAAUUUCGAGGAAGACUGCCAAGGUAAUGUUAAUAGCGACAUUUCUGCAAGCCACUUUAUUGAAGACUGCCAAGAUUCCGACGACUGUGAUUACAACAAUACUGUGGAACCUCUCAACUACUCCCGACAUACGUUGCAUACCCACACAGUGGCCGCCGCUAACCGAGCCAUACAUUUAAGCGACGACGUCGAUACGAGAUGAUUACACACGCGUGUGUAUUUUUUGAUGCAGCAUAACUUAUGGUGAUACUAGUCAGUAAGACGUCAGGGUGGUCGUUGUUGUGGUGGUCGGAUGUGGCAGGAUAUGCAAGCGCUGGCGCUGUAUUCAUUCUCGCUCCACCAGCUCCUCAGCAGUUGCUCACACACACUAGCAUAGAUGUGUAUAUUAUAGUAUUCUUGUUUGCCUUUCGGUUGCCAGCUGGAAGGUGGCUCACUCUCAACGUCAAGGCGUUCUACUCAGCUGGCUGCAGCAGCAACGGAAUUAUUAGUGCGCGGAUACGGUCUCGUUGAGACGCCAAAGAUUUUUCGCUGCUUACUAGCAGUCGUAGUUUUAGCCAAAAGUUACAGCGCUGAGUUUUUAAAACGAUUAAGUUUUUAGUUAUAGUGUAACAAAUUGUUCCUCACAUCACUCCCCUUCCAUUAUUUCAAAAUAAAUGUUUAGUAUUUCUUUUUAAAGUAAUUUUAUAUGUGAAAUUUUGUGAACAGUUUUUGUAUGUUCGAACUGUAGUUAAUAUUUGCUUCAAAUUUGAAUUGAAAAUUUGUUUAGAAUUGAUUGAUUAUUUAAAUCGUUUACAAAUAAUUGAUAUACAAUAUAAAAUGAAAAAAGGCAAAAAAGUUAACCUCAAACUAUCAGGAAUUUAAAAGAAAAACAAAUGAAGCCAUGGAAAGAAAUUAAAAAAGAGUUGCAAAAUACAAUAUGAAAUUUGAUCUCAUUUGAACUAAAA